AUGGACGAGAAUUUCUACACGGAGACCGAGCUUCGGCUUGUGACAGAAAGACAUCGAAAGUAUCAAGGGACCGCAAAAAUUAACAUUAGUCAAAUCGUUCCUCACCCGUCUGUCUCUCAACAUUUGAACGCCAGAAAUGUGCAAAGGCUUUGUGAAGUAUUUGAAAAAGAAGGUUGCCGGCGACUCGAUCUCUACAAUCAUGUUAGUGCUGUCGUGUCGAGCCAGCAUCUUCAUGAUGCUCUUCGGUUGGCACAGGUGAGUGCCGCCGAAAUGAUGACCGACCAACCGAAUCGAUACCCGUACCUGCAAUUCAACACCGAUCAGGUAAAGUGUCUACAUGGUCAACAUCGAUUGAAAGCUGGUGAGGAGCAUUUACCACCCAUCGACCAAUGGUGGACCGUCGAUUUGUACUCGGAUGAUAUCAGCGCCGGCCUGCAAACAGCCAUAGUUGAAGAAUACUCAAAUGAAAAAAGCCCGACCGAUGGUGAAAUCUACCGCAAAGUACGGCAAUAUAGAUACGAGGCAAAUGCACACUUUGAGAACCGUUGGCUGGCACGAUUGUCAGAGAACAAGGCUAGAAGACUUCGUGGAUUGGAGUCUCAUCCAAAUGUUAGAUCUGCUUUUGAUUCCUUGCUCGCCAUACCCGCUCUAGUAGUCCAUGGUAUGCAGAUCGGUUCUUUUCCACAAGCGCUGGCUAUUUGCUGUGAUGAGGAGAUCGUGCAUGCGCUAAAUAAACUCCUAGAAUUCUGGUCAUCACUUCUGGAAAAUGACCGUAUCAAAAUGCUCAAGGUCGACCCACAUACAGUGGAAGUCUUACAACUUUUGGCACCCGGUGUUUCUUCGAAAGACAGAAUAACUGUGAAAGGUCUGGUGCAUAGCGGUGAAGUGUUUCCUGGAUUCACAGCAUCAGAACGCUCGUCGAUCUGGAAACGAUUGAGAAAUAUAGAAGGCGUCAUACCGUCUCUACAUACCUUUUUCAAGAAUCUAUGGUACCUGGAGUCCUGUGCAAACUGCAUGAAACGACUCGUCACACCAACCAAAUCUUUCCCGACGAUCAAAAGCGCCAUGCGUGCCGCGUUCUUACCGUCCGACCCUGACAGUGCGCGUUUCCCCAUACAGAUAUCGGAAUCAGAGUUUCGUGAAUGUUCAAAUACUCAUGUGGAUCAUGCGGAGCUUGGAUACAGACAACUUUGGCUUUAUGCUAUGCGCCACUACCCAAGGUUAUCCAAGAAAAGGCAAAAGAAGGACCAUAUCGCAAAGCCCCAACAUGAAACGGUGGAUGAUAUGACCCUAUACGACAUGGCUAUACUUGCAAAAAAGCUUGGAUUUAAAUCACCUGAGAUCGAAGAGCUCAUCCAAGAAUCACCAGAUCGUCAAAUCGCCCGAGACGCUCUUCUGAAGGCUCGCCGGCCAGAUUGUUACCGGUAUGACGAGGGAGAAGUUGAGGCACUCACCAGCAAAAUCAUCGAUUGCUUCUUACGGGCCAUCCCUCUUGACCAUCGGCCGCCUACGAAAUACGCCGGGGAAGAGAGGUCAAGAAAGAGGCUCGACAGGGACACCCUCAAGCCAGGGAGCAGUUGCAAGAUCGCCAAUUCCUUUUUAUUGACCAAAUACAUGAUGGGUCUCUCCCAGAUGUACAGAAGGUCACUUCAUUCUUUGUGA